AGCGGGCAAAACGAGUUGGGAAGGCGAGCGAGAAAGAAGCAGAGCUGGGCCAGAGGAGCCAAAGGAGACCAGCCAUUCCUCCUCCUUCUUCUCGAAGCCGGCGGCAGACCAGGACCCACAGGAGGGACCAAAGCGAAAUGAUGCCGGGAAAAACUCUGCGCAAAGGCGCGCUCCCUACCUCCGCCUCCUCCACGCGGACAGAAUCCGAGGUGGUGGCAGAAUGUGCAUUGCAACUGAGAAUGAUCGGAGACAAGUGGAACCUCCGGCAGAUGAUCCUAAAUAUGAUUUCCAAGAUUUUCUGUCCGGGAAGAGGAGAGUGAAUGAAAGGAAAGGAAAAUGAGGAAGAAGGAGAGAGAGAAAUGAAUCUUUGUGAAGAUCUGAUUUUUACAUAUUCUGCAAGAUGUUAGAAGUGGAAUGCUUCCUGGGCCUUUCCACUGCCUGUUUCCUGUUGCCAAGGAAGGCUCCUGAUACAUAAUUUCUUCAGAUAAUCCUUCAGAAAGUUUGCUAAUGAAUGGAGAUAACUGGAAUUUGCUGUUUACCAAUGGUGGUGAACUGUGAAGAGCAAUGGAAAAUGAAGGAAUCUGGGAGUGGUGAUCAUCCUUGGUUCAGCGUUCUCAUUGCUGGAGUUCUGGAAUCCACGCACUCAGCUGCUGUGCCACUUGGAAGCUUUAUGGAAUUUCAUGCAUAGCAAACAGCGAAAAAACAGUUUACUAUAGACUACUGUUAGAAUGAAAAUCAGUUCCUCCACCUUGCCUAAUAUUUAACAUUUGGAACAAGGAAUGGUUUGGUUGUUAGAUGGUUUUAUUGAAUGACUGGAUGUUGCUACAAGUUAAAUGCAUUAAUCUGCAAUGGCAUUAAAUGUCAGGGGUGAGGCUACACCUAUAGUACCAACAUAUAUGCCAUAUGGGUAGGAAGUUACAUUGUACUGUAAUGGUUUAUUCUCAGAUGAUAAACCACCAUUAAAAUAUUCCAGGUGAAUGUUCAAAGCAUUCAGGAAAGUCUGCAUCAGAUCAGUCUACAAAGUGAUGUCAAAGGAUGCUCUCUUGCUCAAAGCAUUCUGAGCGUUACAAAAUGAAUUGUUCAGUAUUGGUAUCAGAUAUCAAAAUGAUUCAUAUACAUAUAUAACAGAUAGCAGUGUUACAAGUAGCUGAAUUGGCGUAGGUUUUAGAGAGAAGGGAGCAAGUCAAAAGUUACAGUCUCUCGAAGGAAAACUAUAUUCCUUUUUUUUACACUAGGAGAACAGCUGUGUUUUUCAAAGUAUUUCAGCAGGAUGGAAUGUUACUGUCCCUUUGCAAAGAGGAAGAUUUAAAACAGGGAACUUUGUCCCACUGGUUACAUCAUCACACUAGGGAAUAAAUCCACUUUAAUUCGGGUUGCUGCCUCCUUCAGAAUUCUGAGGUUUGUAGUUUAGGUAGGAGCCUUUAACAGCCUCACUCAACUACAAACUCCAGAAUUCUGCAGGGGGCAGCAACCCGAAUUAAAGUGGAUUCAUUCUCUAGUGUGAUGAAGUAACCAGUCUAGAAAACAGGUUGUGAUCAGAAGCACAGACAAGGGAUGGCUGGUGUCUUCUAUAUCGUUUGGGCAGUGACUCUGCUCUGGGUUUCAGUCUGAACUUUAAAGAGAUAUCCAAGGUGGUGAAACCUGGAGAGGAUUUACACUGGCAUUCAAGCCACUAGUUAGCAUUAGGUUCUCUUUUGCACAUGGGUUUUCCGUUAAUUGUUCUGGUUAUAAAAAACAUACCAGCAGACCGCAUUCAAAUGCAACUAUUAGAUACUUUGUUCUUAUUAUUCAGAACAAAGUGUCUAAUAAAGAUUUUCAAUUUAAAUAAACGUCAAUAUUUAUUCUAUGGAAGUCUUAAAUGUAUUUUCUGUCUGACAGAAGGUACAUUAAUCUUAAUUGAUUGGCUAAAGCACAAUUUUUUUUCCUGUCAACUGAAAUGCAAAAGUUAAUGCAACUAUAUUUUAAAGCCAGCCAAAUUUUGCAUUCACAAGGCUAAAUAACCAAACAUGUUGAAGUCACCAAGAAGUGAGCCCUUGUGUUCCUACAUCAUUUUGGUUACCUGAACCAUCAUUGCAAAGUAUUUGACAUGCUGGCAUUGGUUUUUUUUCAACGGCACAUUGCCAAAUUCUGGCCAACAUGUUUAGACAAAACAAUACCUGUGGAAUUAGAAAGUGUCAUUUGAAGCAAAUACUGUUAUGUUUAUUUAUAUUUCCAUUUGUUAAUGGUUAUUAUUAUUUUUUCACUGUAUAAUGCAUGGAUGUUGGGGUAGGACACAGUAUGUUGUUUUGCCAGGUGUACGUGUUUAUGUCAGGAAGAUUGUUUACAUCAGAAACUUGUUCAAAGUGUUUAAGGGCCAUUGCCAUAAAAGUUCCAGUUUGUGUGCAUGCUGUUCAGAAACAGAUUUCUUAUGUUGCUUUUUACAAGGAUUGCCAUACAUUGUGUAUUUGUCUUACAUGUGUUGUGUGUCAUUUUGCUUUUUUUUGUAGUGCCACCUCACUAAGUUAAUAAAGUUGAUGUGUUCACAAAA